GCCGCGCUCUGAACGCUGACCCUGCUGGAACCUCGUCCCGAGGGAUGUCCUGAUCGCGGCGGCGGAGUCGCGAGCCGAGCAGGGGAAGCGGCCGGUCUCCCUGGUCCCUCAGGGCUGUCGGUGGACGUCCGCCGGAGCCGAGGCCGAGAUGUCCCCGGAAUCGAAAAAGCUUUUCAACAUCGUUAUUUUAGGAGUGGCCUUUAUGUUUAUGUUCACCGCCUUUCAGACUUGUGGGAAUGUGGCGCAAACUGUCAUCCGGAGUUUAAACAGCACGGACUUCCACGGCAGCGGCUACACCAGCAUGGCCAUCAUUUAUGGGGUGUUCUCUGCUUCCAACCUGAUCACGCCGUCUGUGGUUGCCGUCGUCGGACCUCAGCUCUCCAUGUUUGCCAGCGGGUUAUUCUACAGCAUGUACAUUGCCGUUUUUAUCCAGCCUUUCACGUGGUCCUUCUAUACUGCCUCCGUGUUCCUGGGAGUCGCAGCUGCGGUCCUCUGGACAGCACAAGGAAACUGCCUGACAAUCAACUCGGACGAGCACACUAUUGGGAGGAACAGCGGGAUUUUCUGGGCACUCUUGCAGUCCAGCUUGUUCUUUGGAAAUCUCUACAUAUAUUUUGCUUGGCAAGGGAAAACUCACAUUUCAGAGAGUGACCGGAGAACAGUGUUCAUCGCCCUCACGGUGAUCAGCCUCAUCGGGGCUGUGCUCUUCUUUCUCAUUCGGAAGCCAGAUGUGGAGAACGUCCUGGGAGAGGAGGAGUCUUCCGACGACCAGGACCUGGAAACCAAUGCGUCCACCCAGACCACCAUGACCAAGGCAGCUGAUGCAUUCAGAAAGUCUGUUAAAUUAUGUGUCACCAAGGAGAUGCUGCUUUUAAGUGUUACGACUGCAUACACAGGUAAUGCAUCUGCCACCUGGGUUUUCUAUGCAGGUGUGCCAGGCCUCACAAUUUCUCUUCUCCUCUCCUCUUUCCUCUCCUCUCCCUUCCUCAUUGGACUUUCUGGCAUUUUCAUCGGAAUUGGAGAAAUUUUAGGCGGGAGCCUCUUCGGCCUGCUGAGCAAGAACAGCCGUUUUGGCCGGAACCCAGUGGUGCUGUUGGGCAUCCUGGUGCACUUUGUUGCUUUUUACCUCAUAUUUCUCAACAUGCCAGCGGACGCCCCCAUCGCCCCCGUCGAGGGAACCAGCAGCAGCGCUUACAUCAAGCCCAGCAAGGAGGUGGCCAUCCUCUGCAGUUUCCUGCUGGGUCUCGGCGACAGCUGCUUCAACACCCAGCUGCUCAGCAUCCUGGGCUUCCUAUACGCGGAGGACAGCGCGCCCGCCUUCGCCAUCUUCAAGUUUGUGCAGUCCAUCUGCGCAGCCGUGGCGUUCUUCUACAGCAACUACCUGCUCCUGCACUGGCAGCUGCUGGUCAUGGUGACGUUCGGGUUCUUUGGGACACUCGCGUUCUUCACCGUGGAGUGGGACGCUGCCGCCAUCGUGGCCCGCGGCUCUGACUACCGCAGCAUCUGAGCAGCUGCUGCCCGGGAGAGACGGUGUCCUCACACAUGCCAGCUGGCCGCGGUGUUCGGUGGGGAAGCCGCCUCUCCUCUGGAAAAUCCAGGAAUUAGACUGUUCAGCCUGCCAGAGGUGGUGUCAAGUUUACAGAUAUUGCUAUUUCAGACAAAUCGAAUAAGGGAUGCUUGUUUUGCCAAUGA